AAGGUUUUAUAUAAAUCCUAAACAACCUUUGCUUCAGCUGUAUUCCGGAGUUGAUGCGUCCUCUGAUAACAUAGACUUGAAACCUGCAUCAAAUACAGCCAAUAGUCUACCAAAAUGAAGACAAUUAGCAUAGCAAUUUUUGCAGCAUCACUGAUCUCGGUGUCGUGGGGUCAGGAGGAGACAAAAUGCGCAGGCGAAGAAGUGACCUUAACAGACCAGCAAAAGACUCAAAUCACAGAGUGUUUAAACGAAGCCAAAAUCAAGACGGUCUGGAAAAUUCCAGCAGAUAAGCUAUCCUGCUUUGGUGUAUGUAUUUUGGAUAAGAAAGGAAUGUUGACUCCUGAAGGUAAAAUAAAUCACGAGAAGGCAUUCAAGUACAUUGAGAUGACCAUGCCAAGCAAAGUUAGGAAACCACUCAUUGAAGGGAUCGAUAAGUGUAUCAAAGAACAUGGGCAAGAUGUCAAAGUUAAGGAUGAUCCAGGAUGUAUGUCAUUCCUCCAUGUCGGAAAUUGUGUGCAUGACGUAUUUCUCGAUAUCUGCAUUGAAUGAAAUGAAUAAGGCCAACAAGGAAUGUGGAAAAAUAUCACUUGAACUGACUGCUUAUACAAUUACUUUGUUGUUUUGUAACUCAAAAUUCGGAAAUAAAUAAAUUGCCCUAUUCUAAAAUCAUAA